ACUCGCGUGCGCGCGUCGAACGGUUUCUGGCUUUAUUCGAGGGAAAAGUGUGUGGAAAAGUGUGUGUCUGACGGCGAAACGGUAAACGGGGAAAACGCUGCGCGGUUUUUGCUGCUAUCGAGUUCUUCUUUUGCUGGAUUUUAUAUAUGCAACAACAAUCGUUGAGACAGGACCGCAAGUUUUGCUAAAAUGUAACAUAACACCAAAUAAGCAGAGUUGGGAAGAGUGAGCGCCAAAUAAUGCAAAUAAAUGAAUAAGCCCAAAUCAUUAACAAAUUAAAACGAGGCACGCAAAGAAGGGCAGGAAAAUAUAAAUAUCGAAAGGAGUCAAGUCAAGUGCUUUCGAGGAGCUGUUUGCUGGCAUGCUUUGAGGUUAAUACCACCCACCACCCAACCAACCGCCCACUACCACCCAUCUCAACCAUCAGCCAUCCACCAACUCCUCCCACCUCCCUCAUCUCCGUUUUGGCCAAUUUCUCCGUCUGCUUUCGCCGCUUUCUUCGUCACCGCCGCCAUCAAAAGGCAUCGAAGCAUUGGUAGCCUCAUUAGCGACUUAGUAGAAUGGCGCAAAGGAAACCGUAACCAAAAACCACCAAAAACGAAAAAAAAGGAUACGCCGAAAGGGAUUAGGAGCAGCAGCCACUGAAAAGGUUGAGAGCCCAUAAAAAAGCACAAAGAAAUUGAAUACUCACAGCGAAUUUUAGGCAUAAUGAGUUCGCUGUCGCGUCCCUAAAAACCGAGCACCUCAAAUGCAAAUUGAUAUUAAGCCGCCAAUCAUAAUCAGCACCGAUAUUAAUUAAAAAACCGCUACCAGUCAACAAUAAUCAAGCAACCGCUAUGGCCUCACCACCGGAGAGUCCCAUCGAGGAGGUGGUCUAUGAGUUGGAACACACACGAGUGCCUAAGCCCAUUCCCGUUGCCCUCGAGGAUCUGUGCCGGCAGACCAAGUUCACCAAACAGGAAAUCCGCGUCAUGUACAGAGGAUUCAAGACGGAAUGCCCCGAGGGCGUGGUACACGAGGAUUGUUUUAAGGAUAUCUACGCCAAAUUCUUUCCACAUGGCAAUUCGAGUUUAUACGCUCAUUAUGUGUUCAAAGCGUUCGAUGUUAAUUGCAAUGGCGCCAUUAGUUUUCGGGAUUUACUGGUCACCUUGUCGACCUUGCUGAGAGGUUCUGUGUAUGAGCGUCUGCGUUGGACCUUCAAGUUGUACGACCUGAACGGCGACGGAAGGAUCAGUCGCGGCGAACUGAGUGAAAUUAUUUUGGCCAUUCACGAGCUUAUGGGUCGGAGACCACAUCAACCUGAGGACGAUCGCAAGGCGAGGGAUCAGGUUGAUCGUGUUUUCCGCAAACUGGACUUGAACCAGGAUGGCAUUAUAACGAUAGAAGAGUUUUUGGAGGCCUGCCUGAAGGACGACUUGGUAACUCGAUCGCUGCAAAUGUUCGACAACGACCUUUGAUGACAAGAGGGGGAGCUAGAGCCAGGGCUACGCAAUUCCAGGACUAUAAUAUCUCUUAUAGAUCUAUAAGUGCAAUAAGCAACUCUAAGGAAGUGACAACCCUAAAUAAAAAUACAAAAAUAUUACAAAAAAAAGGAGGGGGCGGAAACCCCAAACAAGCUUGAAAAACACCAGUGAAAUUGAUGGAAAACGAGGAAAUGAAACAUAUUAGUAAUUAAAAUUAGUUUAGGCAAAUAUCGAAGGAAGAAAUCUUUAAACUUUAUGAGUGUGUUAUUAUAUAACUAACGAAGAGGUCGACUAAGAUUGAUUAUAAAGAAUAUGUAAUUUUUUGAGCAUAUUAUGAAUUUAAUCCUGCCGUGAAAAGCGAAUUGGUCUUAUAUAUAUAUAUGUAUUUACUAUAUAAAUAUGUACAUGUAUGAUAUGAUAUAUGUGUAAAUGAAAUUGAUUUCGACAACAGAACUAAACUAAACCACCAAACCAAAUGUUUGAUUCAGGAAUGGAAUUGGUAUACCGACAACAAGAGAAACCGAGCUCUCAACACGAUUUACUUUACUAUAAUUACGCAAUAACAAAUAAUAGAAUACUAAAGUAUAAAUUUACACUUAGCUAAAAGAAAAGUUACCAAACAAAUGGAUUUCCUUAGUUCACCUUUGUAGACAUAUUUCCGAUUUAAUUGUUUUAAAAGAUACUUUUUUUGCUUUACUGUCAAUUAGGAAGGAAAACGCGAAUUGCAGUAUAAAUUAAAUUAAUUCAGAUUGUGGAAAGUUCUAUUAGCCCCAUAUGUUUUAAUGUGUGUGUUAUUGUUUUGCAUCAACUAAUUGAAUUUACAAUUUGUCUCAAUAAAGCUAUCUCCCAGCCAUAUUGGUUUAAAAUGGCAAAAAAAAAAAUAGAUACUACAUAAACAGAUGAAUAAAUAAUGCCUGGGUUUUGUGUGCCCGACCAACCACCGAUAUAUAAAUAGCACUUGACAAUUACGCUUGAUUUAAUAUUUAUACAAGGUCGUGUUGAUUUUUUAAUGAUAAAUGCAAUUCUCAACACGACUCUUCAAUUAAAUUACAUUUUUAUUAAAUUACACUUGCCAGAACAUAUUUACACACAAGCACGCGACGCUUUGCCCGGUUUUUCGUGAAGCCCCCAGAUUUUGUACACCCAUUUAAUCAUUUCCCAAAAAAGCUUCAGAGGAAUGUCUUUGGGAAUGGAGAAAACUUGUGCAGCGAAAUGAAAAUGUAAUAAUAAAGUAAUAAUGAAACGCGACCGUUUUUAUAAAAACAUUGAAUGCUUAAUUGUGCAUGAACAAGACAAGACAAUCAAUGUGGUUUGAUAUUUCCUAUUUCCGCUUUUAGUUGUACACAUUGUUCUUCCAUUGUUGCUUCUAACAAAAACCAUUUUCUGUAUAAAAAGCCUUAAGCGAAGGACACUAGGAAAUGAAAUGAAAAUCAGGAAUCAGUGGUUUAAUGACGUCACAAGCUCUUAAUUUAAAUACUCAACUUAGCAGGUGUCGUUUGAAAUGUGUUAACUGUGUUCUAGACGAGAAAUAUCUAAAUGUUGGCCUUUGAAAACUAUGCCAACCGUAAUUAGUACACGUAGGCGCUUUAUAAUGAUUCAACCAUAAUUUAAUUUAGGUUGAAUCGGAGCUUCAGCAAGCCUACAACUUGGUUAAGCAUAAAAAUAUUUAAAAUUUUUAAGCAUACCUACCAGGCAAGGAUUCUUCCACCAUUCUUCAGACAGGGUUCAAAUAUAUAAAACGGAACGAUCAGUUAAAGAUAUUCCCAUCAAAACGGCAAAGCCAUUAAAAGCGAUUCCAUCAUCAAAUAAUCUUAGCAUUAGUAAAUGUGUUGAACAAGAACAUUUUGUUGAAUAUAAAAGUAUUCUUGUCUAAACAAAUACCUAUGCGAACUACUCGUUAAACCACCCACGAUUUCUAACUCUUAAGAAACGAUCUAUGCAAUAUGAGCGUACACUGUCCAAAAACAAAACAAAAAAAUACAAAAAAGCAACUAAUUGAUAUUAAUCUAUCAUUCGAAUUGAGGAAAGCUAUGUGUCUAACUAGUCAACAUAAUAAAUAAUGAAAUUGAAACGCUUAUACUAAUGUUAAAAACUUAAAUAUUAAACUAAAGAUUAUUUAUUUAACCAGUCGAAUUGGAAGAUACUGUUUAGAAAUCGGUUUUAGCUGCUAAAUGUCCGAAAAGAUCACUAUCUAGAUUAUCCAAAAGCUAUGUCGAAAUCGACGUUUAAUUUGUACUAGCUAGCUGGAAUUAGUUUCCGAAUCUAGAACAUAAUAGGUGUAACUAAAGUGGUGUAACUUAUUUUUAAAACAACGUUUAAUUCGUAUUUCGUUAAAAGUAAAUUUAAUCCAAAUGUACCUAUAGUAAAUGUAAAUUACGAUAAUAAUUUUUUAGCCAAGAUUUCGUAGAACAUGAUGGAAUCUUAAACCUUUUGUUAACUAUAUAAAUGGUUUGCGCUAUCCCAAUAAUAAUAAUAAAUAACAACAAAAUAAUUAACAAAGAAAACGUGGUUAGUGAUUUGGAUUGUUUAUAAGUAAAUUAUAGUAAGCUCUUAUAUAAAACACCUACAAUAAUUAAUCUAUAAAAUGACUACAAAACCAUUUGCGAAAAAUUCAUUAUUUUAUUAUUAUUCACUAAAAAUGCUGAUAUUGCCCUUAAAUAUUCAUUAUUCUUAAAGUGAAGCUAUUUGUUGUGCACAUUUCAAAUAAACACUAAUGGAUAGCUUUCCUUAAAAGAACCUAAAAUGUGUUUAUACAAAAAUCCACUAAAAUGUACCUAUAGUUAAGUAUUGUCUACU